AUGUCUUCUUCAAAACGCUCUCCCUGUGUGAUCGGUAUUGAUGUAGGCGGGACGAACACCGAUGCGGUUGUUCUUCAAAAUGACCGAGUUCUAGCUUGGCAUAAGACUCCAACGACCCCAGACAUCCAAGCGGGCGUUGAACUUGCUAUUGAAGCGGUAGUGAAGAAGUCAGAACUCCUUACAGGCCAAGUGGAAUCUGUAAAGAUUGGAACAACGCAAUUUGUGAACGCUGUCCUCGAGCAAGAUGCAAGCAAAUUAGAUAAAGUUGCUGUCAUUCGAUUAUGUGGCCCAUACUCGCAAGGCUCUCCACCGUUCGUCGAUUUUCCUCCCACACUGCGAAAGUUGGUGGAAGGACAUUUUGGGUAUGUCCAAGGUGGUUAUCAAGUCGAUGGAUCACCAAUUUCCGAAUUGAAUGUGGAACAGCUGCACGAACAGGCCGAAAUCAUUAAGUCAAAAUCAAUAACAAGCAUAGUUGUCAUUGGGAUAUACUCGCCUUCAAAUCCCACUCAAGAAGAGGAAGCGAAGAAGAUUCUUGCUUCCAGAUUAGGCCCUGGUUACGAUAUCUCCUGUUCUCAUGCCAUUGGACGACUUGGAUUCCUUGAGCGCGAAAAUGCGAGUAUUCUGAACGCCAGCUUACGAAGAUUUGCCCGCCAUGUAAUUGCUGGAUUUGCGUAUGCUGUCCAGAAAGUUGGAAGAUGCAACUUAUACAUCACCCUGAAUGACGGAACUUUGAGCAAAGCUCACACUGCUGCGGAAUAUCCAGUCAAGUGCUUUCGGUCUGGACCAACUAACAGCGCGAGGGGUGCAGCUUUAUUGGCAAAGACAUUAACAGAGAAGUCAGACGAUAAGGAAGUUCUGGUGAUAGAUGUUGGAGGAACUACAACCGAUAUCUGCGCGCUUUUGAAGACAGGCUACCCUCGUCAAUCCGCUGCAUUCGUUAAGAUUGCCGGUGUACGAACGAAUUUCACCAUCCCAGAUGUCCACAGCAUCGCACUCGGUGGCGGAUCUAUUAUCCGUCAAACCGGUCGAACCUCAGUCGGGCCUGAUUCUGUUGGGGCUAGGCUUGAGGUAGAGAGUAUCGCUUUUGGCGGGACCACCAUGACAGCUACGGAUCUUAUUCUCUCGAAAGACGAAAACCUCGUGCCGCAGACGAUCAAGGACUCGGGACUGAAAGAAAUCUUACGCAUCCUAGAGGAGGCUGUUGACUUUGUCAAGACGAAGCAGGGAAAUGCAAAAGUGAUUCUAGUAGGAGGUGGCAGUAUCAUCGUAGGUGAUCAUAUAGCUGGAGUUGGGGAAGUCAUACGCCCAGAAUAUUUCGAAGUCGCAAAUGCAGUGGGUGCCGCAAUUGGAAAGAUCAGCGGCGCUGUGGAGAAGAUGGUUAUUCCGGGUGAUAAGACGAUCGAUCAGGAGAUUGAAGAUGCGAAGGCCCUUGCUACAGAGAAAUGUGUUGCAGCUGGUGGUAACAGGCAGACAGUCGAAGUUGUCGAGGUUGAAGUUGUGCCCAUAUCCUAUGUUACUAAUGGGGCAACACAGCUCUAUGUUCGGGUAAUAGGGGAUUUGGUGGAGGGGUAUGAGGAGACUUUUGAUUCCCCAGAGGAUCUUCUCCAUGGCGAAACCUUUCACAGAUCAGAUUUGACGUUCACGAUACCCACCGGCGUUUCGGAUAUUCAGAAAGGAUCAUCGUACGACGUUAUUGAACACAUCAACUUAGAGACUUAUCGUCCGCGGAUCGAGGGUGAUUUAUGGUAUCUCUCGGAAAUCGACCUGCAAUUCCUUUCAGAUGGGACUGGGAUUCUUGGCGUUGGGAGUUGCGGAGAGCCGUAUCCAACCUAUCUUGCUCUUCUAGAGGUACUUCGGAAUGGAGGAGAUCUCACAGUCAGACGACAAGACACACUGCCUGAUGAUGCCGUUGUCCUUGUUGCCGGAUACAUGGGGGCACCCAGCGUUUAUAUUGAGCGGAUACCAGGAUUGAAUGAGGUCACUGAUGCCAUGAAAGCCUUAAUGAAGACAACUGGCCUCACGACUUUUGAUGCCGUUAUUCCGAAUGAAAUUGGUGGCUUGAACGCCUUCGAAGCCAUACUUGCAGCCCAUCGCUUCGGGAAAAGCGCCCUCGAUACAGAUCUUGUAGCACGGGCAUAUCCCAUGAUUUACCAGACCGUUCGAUGCAUGAAUGGUGUUUCUGUUACUCCUUCCGCCUUAGCUGAUGGGGGUGGCAGGGAAGAGGUAUUCCCAAAUGCUCUCGACGAUUUGACCUCAGAAGAUGUCAUGCGAAACGCAGCGGUAAAUCUGGGCUCUCUUGGCGGAGUUUGCAUUAACCCUGUGUUUGGCACCGAAGCCAAAUCCUUACCACCCAACUCUUUCUCCUGGGCAUGGACCAUCGGCCGCUCCAUUGCCCUUUCCCGCUCCCUCAAGCUCGACCCUAUCUCUACACUCCUCUCCUCCCAACAUGGCACCCUUCUCUUUACCGGAAAAAUAAUAUCUGUCACUCGAUAUGUCUCGAAAGGCUUCACUCGCGGCAACGUGCUAUUGGCUGAGAUCCCAAGGGAUGAUAUACCAGGUGUAAAGGAAAAUAAUGAAGGGAAAGAGACCGAACCCCGUGAACUAUUUGUGGAUUUCGAGAAUGAGAAUCUGAAUGCGGUCCUCAAGGUGAAAGGAAAGGAGGACAGCUUAUUGGCCAUUUGUCCGGAUCUGAUUACGUUCCUCGACCUGGCCAACGGCGCACCGCUAGGAGUCUCAGACUACAAAUAUGGAUUGCGCGUCUCGGUAGUUGCACUUCGCAGUCCUCCUGAGUGGUUAUCUGAAAAGGGAUUGGCGAUGGGCGGACCUAGGGCUUUCGGUCUUGAUAUCGAUUACAAGAGCGCCAGCAGUCUAGGAGAGUAUGAACCUCCAAAAUCGGUAUGGGAGAUUUAUGGGCAAUCCGCGAAAUGAUGAACCGAGCAUUACAUCUGGAGUAUAAUUCAUGACAGCUAACGAGCUUGCAUUGCUGGUCUUUUCAGUGUAUUAUCAUAGCGAGCUUGCCCUCAUAGUGCAUUUUCGGCGUUCUGUUUGUUGAGAGAUUAAGUGGAGUACAAGGUCAAUUUUGUAGCAGCCU